AUGAACGCGAACGCCUACCUUGAUACCGAUUGGUUGGGAUUCUGUCGAACCAAAUCAAUAGACAGCUAUAAGGACAGACUAAUCACCACCGUCGCAAACUCUCUGGGUGUAACUGGUAAUCCGCGAGGGUAUCAGAUGACACUUUCGUGGAUUCCGUGUCAAAAUGGGAAUGUCCCGAAUGCCGCUGUCGAUGCCGCAGAUGGGGGCGGCAUAUAUGUUUGUAGGGCAGCCCACAGUGGAGAUGACAUCCCCGGCAAAGUUGUUCCGGUGUUCGGUAAAGCUUACGUGCCCUACGGUGGUGAAGAACAUGAAAAGUAUUCGUAUGAGGUGCUCUGUGUCACUGGAUCUCACGGUGGUGGUUUUUACACGUGGAAAGCCGACAGUGGUGGUGGCGUUCCAAAGCGUGCCGUGAUUGGUGGAUUUUCGUCCAGUGGGGAGCCACUGUACGUUGCACGGGGCUAUGUCGACGGAGAGUGUGUGGUCGGCAAGGUUCACGAUGGCCACCAAUGUGCCUACUUCCCGCAUGGUGGAAGAGAGAUCGCUUGUGAUGACUAUGAAGUUCUGGUGUGGGAAAAGUAAUAGCACCGUGUCAAUCCCAAUUUCUUUAUUCUGUAUUAUUGCGAUGAUAAAAUGCAUGGUUUCAUAAGUGUGAAUUUGGAUCAU